CUUAGGGGGGAUACCUCCGCCGUUUCCAGGGCGGGGACCGACCUCAGAACCAAGGUAUAAAAGAGUUCGUCUCCCAACAAGGAGCAUCACACUUCAACAUGAAGUUGUUCGUUGUUGCCCUGGUUUUGGCUGCAGCCAGCAGUGUUUACGGAGGACACAUAAGUAGCGGCUGGUCAAGCGGCGGCGGCGGUGGUGGCUGGAACUACGGCGGGGGUGGAGGUGGUGGCUGGUCCGGUGGAGGCGGUGGCUGGUCCGGCGGUGGUGGAGGCUGGUCAGGCGGCGGCGGUGGAAAGAAGAUCAUCAAGAUCAUAACCGUCAGCGCUCCCAGUGGCGGCUGGAGUUCAGGCGGUGGAGGCGGUGGCUGGAAGUCAGGAGGCGGGGGUGGCUGGCCCAGCGGUGGAGGUGGUGGCUGGAAGUCUGGAGGUGGUGGUGGCUGGUCAAGCGGAGGUGGAAGUGGAUGGUCAAGCGGCGGUGGUGGCUGGAAGAGCGGAGGCGGUGGUGGCUGGUGGUAAACAUCCAGUGAGAAAAUUCCAUCGAUAAUCAUCGAGUUUGAUGUGUAAUUAUGUAUUAUCGAUCGGUAAGAGUACAACCGAGAGGAAUUCAAUCAUCCAAACGACGCCUCCUCAGCAAAAAGAAGAAAGAAGAAGAAGAAGAAAGAAAAAAAGAACAAGAGCAAAAUAGCUGUGAUUACUUUGUAUGUUCAAAGAAAUGGAAAAUUUAUUCCUUUUUUUCCCGUUUAGUAUUCGUCGAAACUUUUUCUUACGUAUCAAUUAAGGCAGUUAUUUUUUAUUGUUUGUUUCAUUCUGAUUAUCCUUUUUCUUUCCCUUUCUUUUUUUUGCACACGCACAUCUACUCGGUAAUCUAUGCGAGGUUUAAUUUCAAACUUUGCAAGCACACCGACGCACUAACACGUGAAACACAAACACACACCAAUGUACAUUCUUGUAAUAAAGUUUUGUAAAAAUCUCUUCUUAUAAAUUAUA